GAACAAUAAUUUGAAUUGUGAUCCAUGGAAUUGUUAACCUAUAAGUUAAUAUUACAUUUCUUUGAAAUUUGAAUACCGCUAAUUACAAGUAUACGCAAUUAAAUCGUUUUUAUGAAAUUUUUCGUUCUUGUUUGUGGUUUACUUCAAUAUGACCCAUACAGAAAGGGUUGUUAUUUUAAUAGACAUGGACUGUUUUUAUUGUCAAGUCGAAGAAAAACUUAAUCCUGAAUAUGAAGGAAAACCUAUUGCAGUUGUACAAUAUAACGAGUGGAGAGGUGGAGGAAUAAUUGCAGUUAAUUACCCAGCUAGACAGUGUGGAGUAACAAGACAUAUGAGAGGAGAAGAUGCCAAACAUAAAUGCCCAGAUAUUAUAUUAGCGAAAGUUCCACAAAUUAGAGGAAAAGCAGAUUUAACAAAAUACAGAGAUGCUGGAAAAAGAGUAGCAGAUGUUUUGAAAACUUUUACGGCUAUAUUGGAAAGAGCAUCAGUGGAUGAAGCAUAUUUAGAUGUAACCGAUGAGGUUUUAAAUAAAAUGCAGAAUGGAAUUGAUGAUAUAACUGCUGAUAAAUUGAAAAAUACUCAUGUUGUUGGUUAUGAGAUGGAAGAUUUUGUGGAAAAUUUAUCAAAUGCAGAAUUCACAGAAAGCAAUUUAAAGUUAUGCUUAGGUGGUAUUAUAUGUGAAGAAAUAAGAGCAGAGGUUUUAAAACAAACAGGAUAUAAAUGUUCAGCUGGCAUAGCUCACAAUAAAAUAUUAGCAAAACUUGCUUGCGGAUUACAUAAACCAAAUAGACAAACUAUUCUACCGCAAGAUUCGGUUGCAGCGUAUUUUGAAACCGUUCCUAUAAAAAAAAUUACCGGCUUAGGUGGAAAGUUUGGCCAGGAAGUGUUAGAAGUAUUAGAAAUUACCAAAAUGGGAGAAUUAGUGGAGUUUUCCGAACAUCAGCUCAUUGAAAAAUUUGGAACUAAAAAUGGUUCAUGGUUAUAUAACAUUGCCAGAGGAAUUGAUACAGAACCUGUUGUGUCGAAACUAAUAUCAAAAUCUAUCGGUUGCUGUAAAAGAUUUCCUGGACGAUCGUCUUUAACAACUUUCGCUGUAAUCCAACAUUGGAUGAAUGAAUUAGCCUUAGAAAUAUCCGAGAGGUUGCAAAAAGAUAUAAAGGAAAAUAAUAGAAAAGCGAAACAGAUGGUGAUCAGUUUUUCCCAAGAAUUGAAUAAUAAGGUUAUCAGUAGCUCCCGUACAAUUUCAUUGAAAUCUUAUGAACGCUCCACAAUAGCUCAGGAUGGCGCAGAAGUUAUUAAAAGGAGUUGUCAGAAACCGAAUGAUUCUUACAAUGUUACUUUUCUUGGGAUCAGUAUUACAAAUUUUCAAGAUUUGAAAAAAUCUAGUAAGGAUAUAGCUUCGUAUUUUGCAAAAAUUAAUGCAGAUAGACCGAUAACAAACGACAUUCCGAUUCAAUUAGGCGAACUCAUUUCAGAUGAAAAGAAUCCGGAACAAAUUAAAAGCGAUGAUGAAAACGAAGAUUUAGAAGACGAUACGAAUGCCGCACACAGUGUCUAUUCUGCUUCAACAGAAGAUUUAGAAGAGGAUCCAAGUACAUACAUAUAUUUCGAAGAUAUUUACCCCGAGUUUGUUUCAAGUCAACCUUUAGACAAUUAUUUUGGUAACGAUAAUGAAAUAACAUCUUUAGUAUCGCAAGAAUGGAAUAAAAUCGAAUUAGAAAAGAGAAUGAAAUCAUCCCAAUCUUUUUUCGAAAAAUAUUUCUCCAAUUCCGAAUUAGAAACUUCCGAUAAGAAUAUUACGGAGGUUAACGAUCCCGAAUGUGUAGAAGCGACUAAUUCGUCAAAUCGUGUAAACAAAUCAGAAACGGAAGUAUCACCUAACGAACAUUAUUGCCCCGAAUGUAAAACUUAUAUUCCUCUAGAAGAUUUCGAUAGUCACAGUGAUUAUCAUGUAGCAGUAAAGAUACAAGCGGAAUUAAAUAAACAAAUCGCCUCUACAUCUUAUAAAACUCCAACUACUAAAGUAAAACAAAAAAAAAACUAUUCUAAUAGCAAUAUUAAAGAUUUUUUUAGACCCGCGUAAUUUUAUUUUAGUGUAAAUUUUAUAUUAUUUCAAUAAAUAAAAUCCAGUUCAUAAUUUA